UUUUUUUUUCUUCUUCUUUCCCUUUACUUUUUUUUUUUGUAUAAUUAUCUCUCCUGGAAAAGCAGCUUUUCCGGACAAAAAGGGCAAAUGGUAUAUGACAACAAAAAUUGCUCAAAUCAGCUUGAGACUUCCUACACAAACAUCGAUAUGAAUAUAACAAAUGAACACAUUGAAACGAAUACCACAAGCAAACGUCGAAGCCAGGUUAAAAAUGCAUGUGUCAAUUGCCAAAAAGCUUGUAAAAAAUGCGAUGAAGGAAGGCCUUGUCAACGAUGUAUAAAACUUGGCAUUACCGACACAUGCUUCGACUCACCCAGAAAAGAACGUAAAAAGGGUUUUAAAAGAGGCCCUUAUCGAAAGAAGUCUGUUACUACGACACAGCAAACUAGCCUAAAAAAAGAGUCAUCAAGUUCUCCAUUGUUUACAACAAGUAUAAUGGUAAAACAAGAACAGAUAUCUCCCGAUAUAAAUCAUGCAGAAGCUGUUUAUAAUAUGAACAAUGAAUACUGCGAUUAUCCUACUGCAUCCUCGGAUACUAGCAACAGUCAAUUGAUGACUACACCAAAUAAUUACUAUAGUAACAAUACGCCAAGUGCUUAUUUUUAUUCAGCCUAUGAAGAGUGUCCACAAGAAAGUUUUACAAACACCAGUGGUAGCUUACCAGAAUGGACUUACACUGACACGGUUGAGCAUCCACUGUAUUACAAUACACAAGAAGCUUCAUCAUUUGUAACCAAAUUUGGUGACAAUACAAUAUUUUUGCAGAGUGACAAAUCUCACCAUGACGAUUCAAUUUAUAAUGACCAACAAUGGCUUGAUAAUUUAUAUUAUUAUCCUUCAAAUAUGAUGUAUAUCAAUACCAACCCUUCUUCUGCUAAUUAGUCAAAUAUGCCCCCUCACGCAACCUAUUUUUAUUUUAUUAUGUUAGUGUAUGAACUCUUCUUUUUUUUUUCUCUCUCUCUCUUAUGCCCCUCCAUACAUAUAUCCCAAAAAAUACGUCAUGAAUAAAAUAAAAAAGUCAUAUAGUUUAUUUGGCUCAAAAUGU